UCAAAACUCGGAGAGUCGGCCGCUCAGGCUGCUGCAGCCUGACGCACGCUGAGUUCGGAGGGAUCAGGUGCUGUUUCUGGGAUUCUCCCCGAUCUCACCUCCACCGGCGUGAACAAAUAAAGUUUGAACCGGCUUCUCCAUGGCCUGGGCACCCCUUCCCGGCUGAGCCAUUUUCUUUUUGGCUGAAAGCCCCCGCCCAGAGGCCGAUUCGUCGCGGCGGCGGUGGGGAAUCGCAGGUCGCUCAGGCUCGCAGAUGGGUCAGGGGCUGUGGAGAGUGGCCAGAAACCAGCAGCUACAGCAGCAAGGCUACAGUGAGCAAGGCUACCUCAGCAGAGAGCAGGGCAGGAGGAUGGCUGCCAGCAGCAUUGCCAACACCAGUCAUCGCAAACAAGUCCAAGGGGGCAUUGAUAUAUAUCAUCUUUUGAAGACAAGGAAAUCGAAAGAACAGGAAGGGUUCAUUAAUUUGGAAAUGCUGCCUCCCGAGCUAAGCCUUACCAUCUUGUCCUACCUGAAUGCAACUGAUCUCUGCUUAGCUUCCUGUGUUUGGCAGGACCUGGCCAAUGACGAGCUUCUCUGGCAAGGGUUGUGUAAAUCCACUUGGGGUCACUGUUCCAUAUACAAUAAGAACCCACCUCUAGGAUUUUCUUUUAGAAAAUUGUACAUGCAGCUGGAUGAAGGCAGCCUCACCUUUAAUGCCAACCCAGAUGAGGGAGUGAACUACUUUAUGUCCAAGGGCAUCCUAGAUGAUUCACCAAAGGAAAUAGCAAAGUUUAUCUUCUGUACAAGAACACUAAAUUGGAAAAAACUCAGAAUAUAUCUUGAUGAAAGGAGAGAUGUCUUGGAUGACCUUGUAACACUGCAUAAUUUUAGAAAUCAGUUCUUGCCCAAUGCACUGAGAGAAUUUUUUCGUCACAUCCAUGCCCCUGAAGAGCGCGGAGAGUAUCUUGAAACACUUAUAACAAAGUUCUCACAUAGAUUCUGUGCUUGUAACCCUGAUUUAAUGAGAGAACUUGGCCUUAGUCCUGAUGCUGUCUAUGUACUGUGCUACUCUUUGAUUCUACUUUCCAUUGACCUCACUAGCCCUCAUGUGAAGAAUAAAAUGUCAAAAAGAGAAUUUAUUCGAAAUACCCGCCGUGCUGCUCAGAACAUUAGUGAAGAUUUUGUGGGGCACCUUUAUGACAACAUCUACCUUAUUGGCCAUGUGGCUGCGUAAGAGCACAGUUGCUAGGACUUCCACUUUUAACUUCAAACUAAAACUACCCAAGGACUUAUUUAGCAGAUAUGGGGGUUACAUUAGUGCUGGUCGUUCUAGCCUCUGUAUACAAUCAAGCUUGAGUGUACGACCUUUUUUUCUUUUACUCUUUUCUUUUUUAGUAAUUUCCUUGGGGAACUAAAGAAUUUUGCAGAAUUUUUCUUAAUUUUGCUUAUCAUGUUUUGCACAAAGCAGAGCCAUUGUCUGACACAGCUGUUUAAGAAUGUUAAACUGACAUUAUACUCUAAAAAAGAUGGUAUAUUUGUGCAUUAGAUUUGCCUGAAAAAACUUUAUUCAUUUCCAUUCUUUUUUAAAAUACCAUGUAAUGUGUACAUAUUUAACUAAAAAGAUUUAUAAUCAUAAUUAUUUUAUUGUAAAGAUUUUAACUAAAGCCUUUCCUUUUUCUCUCAAACUGAGUUCUGAAAUUUAUUUGAUUCUGAUAUGAAAUUAUUACUGUCUUCAUAAAAGUUGGAUCUGACUUCAAUAGAAACCAAUACCAGCUUCUCUUUCCUUUGAACUUUGAAAAGAGGAUUGAUUUGUUACUAUGCAAAACAGGCACUUAUUUUUAUAACAGAAAUUAAUCACUUGACUUCAUUUUUUAAAUUUCUGCAUUAGUUAAGUAUCAAGUCCUUCAAACCAUAGCAAAACACGUUAAAAUCUGUUUCCACACAUAAGAACAAAUUGGCAUUAGAACUUAUAUCUGAAGUAGUCAAACCUUACUAUUCUCCUAAUCUUUUUUCUUUUUUUUAUAAAUUUAUUUUAUUUAUUUAUUUUUGGCUGUGUUGGGUCUUUGUUGCUGUGCACAGGCUUUCUCCAGUUGCGGCGAGCGGGGGCUAUUCUUCCUUGUGGUGCGCGGGCUUCUCACUGUGGUGGCCUCUUUUGUUGCAGAGCAUGGGCUCUAGGCACACGGGCUUCAGUAGUUGCAGCACGCGGUCUCAGUAGUUGUGGCUCGUGGCCUCUAGAGCACAGGCUCAGUAGUUGUGGCACAUGGGCUUAGUCGCUCCGCGGCAUGUGGGAUCUUCCCGGACCAGGGCUCGAACCCACGUCCCCUGCAUUGGCAGGCGGAUUCUCAACCACUGUGCCACCAGGGAAGCCCUCUCCUAAUCUUGAUGAUUUCUGUUCAGAAUCAGUUGGGAAAGGAAUAUUGUGAAUGAUAGUAAACAGUCUUUAUUCAUUCAUUCAGUUUAUAUUUAUCAAGGGCCUUCCAUGUGCUAAGCAUUGUGCCAGGUACUAGUGAUACCUGGACAUGGGCCCUGCCUUCACAGAAGUUACAUGAUUGGGUAAUGAGAGGAAAACUACUGCUUAAUGGAGAGCAAAUGUAUGAUGUAUAUCUUAACAGUUAUUUAAUCAUUAAAACACUUAACAUUGGAACGAUAAAGAACAGUGUAUUUAUAUGGUAAGUCACAAGUUCCUGGAAAUGCCUCUAAGUGAAAAGCAUCAGCUUUGGAAUGAUACACUAAGUGAUGAGUGGAGCUGCUAGUUUAGGGGAAGGGAACUGGGGGAGGGGGAAGUCCUUGCUAGAGGUGUAGAAUCCUGACUUCCAGAUCUGGCCCUAAUAUUACAACUGAACGAUGUACUACAGAAUUUUCAAACACAAGACAUAAGAUAACCAAAACAACUUUUGAAAGUCAAAGGGACUUUCAGACUGGUAGUAAACAAUUUCUAAGAUUCUGAAGCAGAUAUCUAAAUAUAUUUCACAUGUGCAUAAUUUUGAAUUCUAUGACAAAAUAAUUCUAAUAAGUGUACUAAUCAUUGUCUUCAUAAAUGCACACACCUGUGUAAACCAAACCCAUAUCAAGAUAUGCAACCUUACACAAUGUAUAUGCAGUUAACACUGUACCCCUUAAUAUAAAAUAUAAACUUUGUAACCAUAGAGGUGUAUUUACCCUGUUGGUUAUCUUACAGUUGUCAUCUGUCUUAUAUAUAGCCUGUGUUAUAAACUCCACAAUAUAAUGGUACAAUUUGCUUUGGACAGUCAUAUAUAUUUUAAAUAAAUUAAGAAAAAAUGCUCUUUUGCAUUUACCCACAUUAUCAUUAUAUCUUAGAUGAUCAGUAGGGAGAGUUUAGAGAAAGUCAAUGUCUCAUUUCUCACUACAAAAUUAAGUGUAGCCUCCCUAGUGUGGCAUGUAAGACCCUUCACGAACUGGCCUCUGCUUACCUUUAAAGCCUCAUCUCCAGCAACAUUCCUCAAAUGUGGUCUGGUCUGUCUUUGCCUUUUACACGCUGUUCUUUCUGUAGCAUCCUCCUCUCCCUCCUGUAUCUAACGUCCCCCUGGGACUUCUCUGGUGGCGCAGUGGUUAAGACUCGCACUCCAGGAGGCUUAGGAGGCAGGGGGCCCCCCCAGGCAGGGGGCCCAGGUUCGAUCCCUGGCCAGGGAACUAGAUCCCACAUGCAUGCCACAACUAAGGAGCCAGUGAACUGCAACUAAGGAGCCCACCUGCCUCAACUAAGACCUGGUGGAACCAAAUAAAUAUUUAAAGUCCCCCUACUAAUCACCUAAGAUCCACCUCAAAUAUAAUUUCUUGGUCAAAGCUCUCAAAGACUGUCUCUAUCAUACAUACCAUUGGUGUUAAUUAAUUUUCUACAUGUCCAACUUCUUUAUCAAAAUGUGAUCUUUUUAAGGUCAAGGAUUGCUCCCAGCCUGUCAGAUUCUAUUGUAAGGCCUGAACUAGGCAAGUGGCAGAGGAUUUACAGAGGAGGAAUGAAUUUUUAAAAACAACUGAAAAUUGAUAGGAUUUAGUGAUUUGGGAGAAGGGUUUCUAAUAUGAGGAUCUGGUUGUCCUAUCAUCAAAGGUAGCUACUAGGAGAAGCAACCAAUGGGAUGAAAUAGAAAAGAUGAUGUUUCCAAUUUUUGGAUGUUUUGAAUUAGAAUCAACAGAACAUUGCAGCUACAGAAUAAGACUAGAUAUGUAAGUUUGGGGGUCAUUAGAAUUGGAGUACAUUAUACAAGGUAAAGCAUGGGAAAAGACACCUCCUCUAGGGAAUAUGUUGAGUAAAAAGAAAUACUUGGGAAACACAGCAUUUCAGGUUUGGUAGAGAAAAAGAAGAAAGAAAAUGAGGGUUCGUUAAAACUGUAGAAGGACCAGAGAAGAAUGGCAUCCCGAGAGCCAGGGAAGGGGAGUUUCAAGAAGGAUGCUGAGCUUUGCAUGUGCCGCAGCCCAAGUAGAUUGUUCCUUUCCUGUCUACACUCAGGCCUUUUCGAGUCUACCUUUUCCACCUGGGGCUGAGUUCUUUGAGGCUAGAAAAUCAUAGUAGCGCUAAUGGCUUUUAUAUCGUCUCUGCCCAAAUACCUCCUUAUUCAAUGUGUAAUCUGAGCUCUGCGGAAACCCACAAGAGUACUUAUGGUCCACUGCAACCCAGACCUGUCUACACCUUCCUUCCCGGUAAGGGCCGUGUUGUUUCAAGCCCAGAACACACCAUACCAACUGCAUGCUGCUAGUGCAUCCUUUCUAUACACCAUCAUUACUUAUGUUUUUAAAAUACAGUACAGAUUAUAUUUUUUUAAGAAAAGGAAAAGAGAAAAUGCUCGAAAACUUUGAGUCCUCCAAAUUGAUCGUCAACAGGAUUUUUUCUAAGCGCACUCUGUUCAAACUAACACUCUUUAAUCUCAUCUGUGGUGCUUUCUCUCUGGAAAGCUUGUAACCCCUCCCCCUCUUUACCUGUUGAAAUGUUAUUUGUCCUUCAAAGUCCCCUCAGACUCUUUCCCCUCCAGGGCAACUUUCUCAAUUCUUGCAGGUGGAAAUUUUAUUCUUCUUAUGUCUCCCUCAGUACCUAACACAGACCUUGGCCCAAAGCAGUUUCUCAGUAAACCUAACUGAAUUAUUUUAGCCCUGGUUUAGUUUCUAAUAUAUAAGUAUAUAGAAAGAUGACUUUACUAUUUGCAUUUCAAAAAAAUAUAACCAGACUUUUCAAGUGUACACAAUUUACAAAUCAUAAUGUUUAGAGUUAACUCUUAAAAAAACGAAUACAGAUUCAACCUAUGUAUUAUUCUAGAUGUAAAUUCAUUUCUCUGGGUCUUCUAAUUUCAAAUAUUUGCAUAAAUUACUGCUACUUUGAUUGUCUUUUUUUAAUUUUGAGAGUUUAAGCCAUUGAUCUUGUUACGUCUCUAAACUGAUCUUUUACAUGAUUGGCAAUAUUAUUAAUAUGGUGCUCAAUGAGAGCUUGUUCAGAAGUCUAUAUAUUUAAAAUAAUAACCCAUUUAUUCUAAUUGGAGUCUGUUUUACUGUGUUUAAAGUGAACUUUUUCUUAAUUUAUCACUAUUAAUAGCUGAACUGCCUACAGCUGUUUACAAGCAUUUGUAAGUGAAUUAUGUCCACUUUGGGAAGCCAUCCUAAGGAAACAAUCCAAAAUAGAGGAAAGGCAGUACGUACACUCUUAGUCACGUCAUUGUUUUUAAUUUCAAAAAAAGAAAAAGAUAGAAACAACCAGAAUGCCCCAAACCUGGGGCUGUUCUAAAAAAUAACCAAUAUUUGAGUACACACGGGGUACCAGACAGCACGCUGAGCACUGGUCAAGUAGACCAGAACCCAUCCUCAUGACCUGUUAUUAUGAUGCCAUGAUGUUUAUGAAUAAUGUGAGUUAACAGUUAUAAAUAAUGAAAAAUAUUAAAAAGAAGAUUAAAUUGCAUAUAUGCACACAUUACGGUUACUAUGUAAAACAAAGCAAAAACCUAUGAAUGGAAAGAACAGACUGGGAUACAAUAUACCAAGAUAUUAUGGAUAAUGGAUUUUUUUUCUUAUUUCUUCUUUCAAAUGUUAUUAAGGAUGAUGUAUUUUAGAUAGAAUAAAAUAAAUUCAUUGAAGUACUCAGAAAAUAAAGAUAAAUAGUGUUCCUAAUUUAACUAGUAUUGCUUCCCCUCAGAAUGUUUCCAGGUAUUUUUAUUCAAAAUUUGUUUCAUUUUUAAAAGACACUUGGCUGAUCUGUUAAAUCAUAUCUGGACAAAUGUUUUGUUUUCAGGCUUAGAGA